UCGCUGCUGUUCGCGUGAUGUGGCAACCCUUUAUUGUUGAAAUUUUGUAGUGCCGUGUUUUCUCUAAUUUUCUCGUUUUUCCGCACCCUUUCGGCCAAGAAUGUCCACUAAAACCAGCACUAUCGAGAAGAGUAGCAGUACUCGUGCUCGCGAUGGUCCCACCAUAUGGGCGAAGGCGUUCACGAAGAGUGAAUGGGUAGACAAGGACGAGUUUCUGGAUGUCGUCUACUGGGCGAGACAGCUGCUGGGCAUCCUGAUAGGUGUUGCAUGGGGAAUUGUACCGCUGAAGGGAUUCAUUGCUCUGUUUCUAUUUGUGGCAAUAAACUGCGGUAUCGUGUACCUUUACUGCAUAAAUUUCCAGGGUGUGGACGAGGAGGCGUACGGCGGCGUGUGGGAACUGCUGAAGGAGGGCUUCAUGACCUCCUUCGCCUGCUUCCUGGUCACCUGGAUCAUCUUCUACACGGGCUUGCACUACGAGACACUCGUGAAGGAGUAGCGCCGGGCGAACUGGAUUGAAGCCACCGGAAGGGAGUUAGCAAUGG